AUGCGCGCAUUCCAAAGACAGCUAUUCUCCUCUGUCGUCCUUGCGCUCCUCUUCGCCAAGGUCUCAUAUGCUGCACCUUGGCCAACCUCCUCCAAACACUCUACCCACCAACAGAGGACCAUCGGACGCGACUUGACGAUCGAUACGUACCAUCCCGCAUCGACCUUCAAGACUUAUGGAGAAGGGAAAUCCAUCUCGUCUUUCACUGGCGGGGACCUGGAGACAUCCGCCGUCUCUUUCAUUGCUUCAGAGCUCGGCGUCGAUGCCUCCACUAUCUCCUUCAACUCUGGUCACUCUGCUGAGAACGAUGUGAGCUACGCCUACGCAAAGCAGUACCAUGACGGCGUUCUAUUUGCUAAUGCCGUCGCAAAUGUUGCUUUCAAGAACGGAAAUGCUGUUUCCUUCGGCUCGUCAUUCGUCGACACAUCAAACAUCGCCGCCCCCCAGCCAUCCAUACAGCUAGAUUCAAUCAUCAGCAAAGUCGAGGACGCACUCGCCGCCACCUACAGCGGCAUCAACUCCCUCGAAUACCUCGCCCUCUCAGACGGAUCCGUAGCCCUCACCCACGUAGUCCAAGUCCUCAACGCCGACGCCAACACCGGCUACGAAGCCUUCGUCGAUGCCCACUCCGGCGACAUCAUCGCACUCACCGACUUCUCUUCCCAGGCUACGUACACCGUCGUACCAAUAACUGAAGCAUCCGUCGCAGAAGGCGAAGAAACUCUCAUCAACCCCGAGAACCCCUCUUCUUCUCCUCAAGGCUGGGUACAAAACGGAGAAACCGCAGGCAACAACGUCAUCUCCUACAAGGGAGUACUCCUCACCACAACUCAGCAAUCCUCGGCCAACGUAUUCAACUACCCCUACAACACAGCCAUCGACCCUCUCCUAGGCGGAAACGUCGACGCCGCUCGCACCAACGCCUUCUACAUCAUCAACAGAGCCCACGACUUCCUCUACCAAUACGGGUUCACCGAGGCCGCCUACAACUUCCAGCAAGACAACUUUGGUAACGGCGGACAAGGCGGAGACCGUGUACAGAUGUCCGUCCAAGAUGCUGCCGGGGUAAACGAUGCCAACUUCCUGACUCUCCCCGAUGGUCAGCCUGGCACUUGCCGCAUGUUUAUUUGGGACCUUACAAUUCCCAAUCGCGAUGGUUCCCUAGAAAACGACAUUCUCGUCCACGAGAUGACCCAUGGGGUUACUAAUCGCCUGACUGGAGGUGGAACGGCUAGGUGUCUACAGACGCUCGAAUCCGCUGGAUUAGGCGAAGGAUGGUCGGAUGCGAUGGCAGAGUAUGACAAUUCCAUUCUCUUCUUCUCACCAUGGACCGAACAAACGAGCGGCACUAUUUCCGACUACAUUCUUGGAGCCUGGGUAUCAAACCGCCCUAAUGGCGUCCGGCACUACCCCUACUCCACAGAUCCCAAUACGAACCCUCUCCGAUAUUCCGACCUCGCCCGGCUAUUCGAAGUUCAUUUUAUCGGCGAGGUGUGGGCUAACAUGCUACACAACGUAUAUGCUGCCCUGGUCCAAGCCCACGGAUGGUCCUCGACAGCCAUGGAUGAUGCUACGGGGAAUGAAGGAAAUAUAGUUUACCUCCACCUCUUCGUCGACGCGUUAUCGCUCCAACCAUGCAACCCUACCUUCGUGCAAGCCAGAGAUGCAUGGAUCCAGGCUGAUGUGAACCGUUACAACGGAGCCAAUGCUUGCAUUCUCUGGAAUGCUUUCGCGAGUCGUGGUUUGGGAGUGUCUGCGGCAAACUACGUGGACGAUACUACCGUUCCCGCUGGGUGCUAA